UUGGAGCUAUGUGGUGCUAUACUUGUAUCAAAGUUAUUGAUAGAGACAGCAGAGAUUUUAAAUAUUUCAAAGGAAAAGAUCUUUGCAUGGACUGAUUCUACAGUAGUGCUAUCGUGGCUUAAUAGUCACCCUAGCAGGUGGAAAACGUUUGUUGCCAACAGGACUUCAGAAAUUUUGGGCGCUUUGAAUUCAUCUCAAUGGUUUCAUGUGCCGACCAAAGAGAACCCAGCUGACUGCGCAUCAAGAGGAAUACUACCCAGUUCAUUAGUCGGUAAUGAGUUAUGGUUUUCAGGACCAUCAUUUCUGAAAAAUAAAUUAAUUGAGUACAAGAGGCCAAAGAAUCUAAAGACAGAUUUAGAACAAACUAUAAAGGCGCACACAGCUGUAGUUCCAGAGCACGUAGUUUUCGAAAAUUAUUCCAGUCUAAGAAAAUUAGUUAAAGUUAUUGCAUAUUGUCGAAGAGUUUUAAAAAAGGAAAAACACGAUAGUAAAUAUUUGAAAGAUCACGAAAUAGAAGCAGCAUUACAAACUUGUAUAAGGAAAUCACAAAUAGAUUCAUUCACAACAGAAUAUGAACAAUUAAAGGAAAAAGGGUAUUUGAAUAUAAAAUCAAGUAAAUUGAAAUCACUUUGUCCUUUUCUCGACAAGAAUGGUAUCAUGCGAAUUCGUGGACGACUUGAAAAGUCUGAACUAGAUGAGCAAGUAAAACAUCCGAUAGUUCUACCACAUUCAUGCCAUUUGACUCUUCUUAUAGUUGCAGACGCGCAUGAGGAGACAUUGCAUGGUGGUCCUCAGUUAAUGGCAAACUAUUUAAGGUCAGCCUAUUGGGUAAUAGGUGCUAGAUCUCUAGUUCAACAAUAUGUUCGCAAGUGUGUAACUUGUGCGAAACAGAGAGCUAGUGUUAGAAACCAACUGAUGGGUGCGCUCCCAUCGGUUCGAUGUACACCAGCAAGACCAUUUUUAUAUAGCGGAGUGGAUUAUGCUGGACCCAUAAGUAUAAGAACCACUAAAGGACGUGGGCAUCGUUCUUAUAAGGGCUACAUAUGCCUUUUCGUUUGCAUGUCCACUCGUGCUAUUCACCUAGAGGUCGUCAGUGACAUGAGCACACAGGCAUUUUUAGCCGCUUUUCGACGUUUUGUGUCGCGACGAGGUCACUGUGCUAAAUUGUGGAGCGACAACGGCUCCAACUUUGUAGGCGCCUCCAGAGAACUGCAACAGUUGGCAUCUAUUCAGCCAGCCAUAGCAGAAUAUCUGGAAGCAAACAACACCGAGUGGCAUUUUAUUCCGCCUCAUGCUCCCAAUUUCGGUGGUCUUUGGGAAGCGGGUGUAAAAUCCACCAAAUUUCACCUUAAAAGGGUUAUUGGCGACUCUACCCUAACGUACGAGGAAAUGACUACAUUCCUCAAUCAAGUGGAAGCCUGUCUGAAUUCGCGGCCGCUAAGCGUUAUUAACUUUACUGAUCCUGGAAUAUCUGUCAAAGCUCAUGAAUACAAAUGGGCGUCACAAGUUCCGGAACCUAAUGUUGGUGACGUUGUUUUAAUUAAAGAAGAUGAUUUGCCUCCAAGUCGUUGGUUAUUGGGUAGAGUUAUAGAGAAACACCCCGAUGAUGAUAACGUUACCCGUGUAGUCACAUUGCGUACGAAAACAUCCGUAAUUAAGAGGCCAACAUCAAAAUUAUGUAUUCUGCCUAUCUCGGAUCCAUGA